AUGUCCGAUUCGAAGUCAUCGUCCUCCUCGCCUCGCCCUCUUGCACCGGCUCCUGGUCAACCCCCGAGACGAACCAGUUCUAGCGACGAUGUAGUCCGCGGACGCAAACAUAAGACCACCGCCUGUCGGGUUUGUAAAAUCAAAAAGCUCAAGUGUCGAGGGGAUCCACCGUGUGAGCAUUGCACUCUCAAUGGCAUUGAAUGUGUCGUGGACGAGAUGGCGGAUAUGCGUCGAAAGUUCGCCAUGAAGCGGAAGCUGGACCGACUGGAACAAGCGGAGGAUACCCUGCUACACAUCAUCGGUGCCAUACGAGGGGGUGAAAACACCCGCAUCGCACAACUAUUGAACCUGAUCCGGAGUAAUGCCUCCUUUGAUGAGAUUGCAGUGUUCUUGGAGCGACAGUUCUCGCGCGCCGAGAUCGAAAGAUCACCCGAGCUCCGUGAGUUUCGGCGCCAACUCUCCCGACCGUCCGAUGAAGACGACGACGACGGAAACGAGGCCAAUGCACCUCGGAUCCCCCGACGGAUGCUCGAGGUGCGCCGCCUCGCCGAUAUCCCCGUGUACAAGGUUCCCGCGAAGCCCUGGACGACCGUCACCGACGAUGACGAUCUGGUGUCCCACCUGGUGUCCUUGUGGUUAACAUGGACGUACCCGUGGUUUGACUGGCUAGAUAAGGAUGCCUUCAUUCGCGAUAUGCAGGCGGGGAAUGUGAACUGUCGGUUCUGCUCGCCAUUUCUGGUGAAUGCCAUUCUGUCGGAGGCGAGUGUACGUAGUGUAUAUUAUUCCGACUACGCCGAAGUCUUUACCGUCCCCGGCGAUAUGUUCUCUCGCGGCGACCACUUCUACGAAGAGGCCCGCCGAUUGCUCGAAGCAGAGGACGAGGAAGUCCCAAGCAGUAUACCGACGAUACAAGGCCUUGUGGUGCUAUUUAUACGGUCGGUCUGGGUGGCAUCUAGUGCGGGUUGCUGGCUAACAUCUUCCAGGCUUGUUUUGAUGGGUAAAGACCGCGUGGGAUGGGUGUAUAUGGACCUCGCCAUGCGAGCCGCGAAGGAGUAUGCGUCUUCGCACCCGCCGCUUCCUAUCGACACGGAGUCGGCGCGACAGAUCGAGAACGUGGUCAACCGAACAUUGUGGGGAGCUUACAACAUGGCUUCGACGGCCGCGGUGUCCUUGAUGAAGCACAUAGAUAUCACCCCCCCUGCGCGACCGCGUGUGCCUAUCAACCAUCAAGAUCGCCUCGAUGUAUGGUCUCCCUAUCCUCGGCUCGUGGAACCGGUGCGGGGUCACCAUAAUUGCGUCUUCGACCGCUGGUGUGACUUUUCUUACAUCACGCUGCGAAUCAGCAGAGCUCUUCAUGACCCGGAGAACAGUGUACCGCAAUGCGAGAUCCCAGCCCUCAUCAAUGACAUAUACCAGCAGCUACAGGGCUGGUACGCGAACUUACCGGAAUGUCUACUCCUGGACAAUGCCGAGGUACCACAUAUUUUAAGCUUACACCUAUUCUACCACACCAAUGUCAUGCAAAUCUUUGGAUUCCUCCAAUCAAACAGCGGCGACUUCAUAGCCCCAGAGACUGCGAAGAACGCCCGAGAGCUCUGCCUUUCGACAGCGAGACGUAUCGCUCAGAUCCUCAAUACGCACCGCGAGAAAUGGGGCAUUGACCGGGUGGCCCCCUCGACCGUCCAGUGGACCAGUAUCGGCCUGUUCACUCUUCUCGAAGCCCUCGACUCGCUUGAGAAUCAGAAGGCUUUCACUGAACUCUGCAUUUUUGCCCGCGCGAUGUCCCGACGCUUCCGUCUAGCUAAGGGCAUUCUUCGCAUGAUCCAGGUAACCGCGCAGCAGACAGAGGUCUCCCUGCCACCCGAGACAGACGCCCUCUUCCUAGACUUUGAAACACAGACUUGGCGCAACGAUGAUUCCCAGUCGUUUAGCAGCUUCUACCCACAUUUUUCGACAGUAAUCCGACAGGGGAACGCUCGACAACCUGAAGUGAGUAUGGAUCGGUUUCUGGAGAAAUGGGAUAAUCUUAAUAUCGGCGAGGGGCCACCCAGGGAGAAGGAAGAGUGA